CCCAGCGGUACCAUAUAGUUUUAUUGCGUGUACCAGAGGGUUUUCACUUCUUUUCCCUUUUUCUUCUCGUGCAGCCGAUUCGGGGAAGGAAAACAAUCAAAUUGUUGGGUUUCAGAGUUCCAGAAGGAAUUAGGGUUUAGAAGUUGAACGAAACAAUAACACCAGAUCUUUGUAUCGACUGAGAUUCCAUAAUGGAUGUGAUUAAGACUCAGCAGAUCUCGGCGAGGCCGAUUGAGAAAGUGAUAGUGCAUCCAUUAGUUCUUCUAAGUAUUGUUGAUAAUUACAACAGAGUUGCUAAAGACACCAGGAAACGUGUUGUUGGUGUUCUUCUUGGUAGUUCUUUUAAAGGAACUGUUGAUGUUACCAAUAGCUAUGCAGUGCCCUUUGAAGAAGAUGACAGGGAUCCCAGCAUAUGGUUUCUUGAUCAUAACUACCAUGAAUCUAUGUUUUCCAUGUUCAAGAGAAUAAAUGCCAAGGAACAUAUUGUCGGUUGGUACAGCACUGGUCCAAAACUGCGUGAAAAUGACCUUGAUGUUCAUGCAUUAUUCCAUGAUUAUGUUCCAAAUCCUGUUUUGGUAAUCAUUGAUGUGCAACCUAAAGAAUUGGGAAUUCCAACUAAAGCCUACUAUGAUAUUGAAGAAGUCAAGGAGAACGCCACACAGAAAAGCCAGAAGGUUUUUGUACACGUGCAAUCAGAAAUUGCUGCUCAUGAAGUUGAGGAAAUUGGAGUGGAGCACUUGCUCAGGGAUGUUAAGGAUACUACCAUUAGCACCCUUGCAACUGAGGUUACGGGCAAACUUGCAGCUCUAAAGGGGCUAGAUGCACGUCUUCGCGAGAUUCGUGGUUAUCUUGAUCUUGUAAUUGAGGGAAAACUCCCUUUGAAUCAUGAAAUUCUGUACCAUUUGCAGGAUGUGUUCAAUCUUCUUCCUAAUCUCAAUGUGGCCGAGCUAAUCAAGUCUUUUGCAGUUAAAACAAAUGACAUGAUGUUGGUGAUUUAUCUUUCUUCACUCAUCAGAAGUGUAAUUGCUUUACAUAAUCUGAUAAACAACAAGAUGCUAAACAAAGAACACGAGAAAGCUGAAGAUGCUAGUCCAGCAGCUAUCCCAGCUGUAGCAGGGAGCUAAGAAACUGUAGCGAUGAUGUUCAGCCCGUGCGAAAUGAAUCUGCAACCAUUUCAAGACCUCCAUGCUUCUACAAGUAAUUUAUGUUAAUAUAGAUUUUGCAUGUUUCAUUUUAUGUGAAUUUCGGAUUGUUACUGUUUCCAAGUAAUUUAUGUUAUUCAGAAACUCUAGAACUUUUUUUGGGUUUGCUCAAUUACUAUGAACGGUUGAGUUUUAGGAUUUAAAGAGUUGGGUUUCAAUCGUUUAUAUUUAUUUUGUUCAAAGCAGAUCGUCGAUUGUUCAGUGGAGUCUUCUUGAUCGUAACACGGUUAACUCAUCUUUUUCUUCUAGGUCUGACUUAAUUAUGUCUAACCUUUUAAGAUUUAUUUUCCUUGAUUUUGAUA